AUGCAACAACCCCCCGCCAAGCCCACUACAAAAGCAAGCUUGCCCAAACCAUGCACCACCACGACUGCUACUAUCAAGACAGCAGCGCCUCCCACGCGCACCUUCUUCGAUCCCUGGAACUCAUCUUCGACGGGGCACCAACGGGCCGAAAACCGCCUGUCGGGAUCGACGUCGUGGCGCGACUGCCGCAACCGGAAGCUCGGCGAGCAGUUCAGGAGCAGCGGGCGCGGCGGAGGAAGGCGUGUCGCUGACACGGUGGGUGCGGGGAGCGAGGGGUUUGGCAUUGAUGGGAGGCUGGCGAAUGGCGGGUGGGAGAGGGGUGCGAGCGGGUUGAGGACGGGGGGGCAGAGGAGUUUGGUUGAGGUUUGGGGAGCGAGGAAGAGGAGGUGCUCGUCCUCGCAGGAGGGAGAGUCUCAUACCCUCGAUAUCAACGACAAGGACAUCGUCCUCCCACCCCCCGACCACCACCACCUCCCCUCGUCAACAUCAACAUCACCUCCAGCCCAACGUCCCCCAUCCCCCUCCUCCCCAGCGCAGCCCAAGCAGAUCUUCUCCGGCCUCUGCAUGUACAUCAACGGCUCGACCGCGCCCCUGAUCUCCGACCAGAACCUCAAGCGCCUGCUCGCCACCCGCGGCGCCACCACCUCCGUCGCACUCGGCCGCCGCACCGUCACCCACGUCGUCCUCGGCACCCCCAUCUCCCACCGCGGCAGCGGCUCUGGCUCCGGCGGCGGUCUCGCGGCGAGCAAGAUCCAGAGGGAGAUCGAGAGGACGGGCGGGAAGGGGGUAAGGUUUGUCUCUGUGGAGUGGGUUCUCGAGUCCGUAAAGGCAGACAUCAGACUCCCCGAAUCACGCUUCGCGUCGUCGACGCUGAGACUCGCGCCAGAGGGCCAAAAUAGCGUGUACGGGAUGUUUACGAGCAAGGCCGCCAGAUAA